GUAAAACAUUCGAAUUGGCCUGUCCAGUUUUGAAUGGCAAACUAUCACAGUAGUUUUCUGGGGAAAGGGAAGUAUUUGUGCUGUCUAGAUUUUGUUUCGUUUUUUUGCCAUGAUAACACAAGACCUGUUGGGCUAUGCAGGUAAGCAGCAAUGAGACUUCUGAUUAACUAUAUUUCACCCUUGGAUCAGUGAACAGACUGAUAAAGCCAUGGCUAUCAAUGCCACCCACAGCCUCAGGGCAAGCUACAUGACAUGAUUGUGUGUCUAGGUUCAGGGCUGAGUGUCUUUACUAUGUCUUAUUCUCUGUCUCCCUCUGCCUGGCCCUUUACCAGUUAUAAUGCAUUAGAGACAUUGUAUAAAUUUGACCUGAUCGAUGGAUUCUUGUUAACUCUGCUGCAAACCUUCUGUCAGUGCCGUCCCUCACGCUGCUAAACUGUGGUUUUCUUCUUACACACACAGACUCUUGAGACCUGUAGUAAAUAAUCUAAUUAUGAAUUGCCUUAAUUGGUGGAUAAAAUGUGGUGCAUAUGCGCUAUUCGGUUUAGUUGUGUUCAGUGCAGUUGGUAUUCACCUCUUCUGACUGUGAGCAGGCGGUUGGUUGUGUACAGUGUGGCUUUCCGGCUUCCCCUCCAGGGGCACCUAAUCAAUGGCUAUGAGGCAUAAUCAGCAGCACACACAACUGGACAUUUCCUUAGUACAGACACCGCUGUGAGGAAGCUGUCUUGUGUUUGUGUGUGUUGUGGCUAGAUGUUAAGCUGAGACCUGUCCUUGUCUCACCUCCUAUAGCAGGGCUAUGUCCUCGGCAGCAACCACACCUCCAUCUGUGGACAAAGUGGACGGAUUUUCACGGAAGUCUGUCAGGAAGGCCAAGCAGAAGCGAUCGCAGAGUUCGUCCCAAUUCCGGUCUCAGGGCAAACCCAUCGAGCUCACGCCCCUGCCCCUGCUCAAGGACGUGCCAGCGCCGGAGCAGCCGGAGCUGUUCCUGAAGAAGCUGCAACAGUGCUGUACUGUUUUUGACUUCAUGGACACGCUGUCUGACCUAAAGAUGAAAGAGUACAAGCGCUCCACGCUCAACGAACUGGUGGACUAUGUCACCGUCAGCAGGGGCUACCUGACAGAACAGGCCUACCCGGAGGUUGUCAAAAUGGUGUCUUACAACAUAUUCCGGACCCUUCCGCCCACGGACAGUAAUGAGUUUGACCCAGAGGAGGAUGAACCCACACUCGAGGCCUCAUGGCCGCACUUACAGCUGGUGUAUGAGUUCUUCAUACGAUUCUUGGAGAGUCAAGAAUUCCAGCCCAGCAUUGCCAAAAAGUACAUAGACCAGAAAUUUGUUCUACAGCUCUUGGAGCUCUUUGACAGUGAGGACCCUCGGGAGAGAGAUUACCUGAAAACAGUCUUACACAGAAUCUAUGGGAAAUUCCUGGGGCUGAGGGCUUUUAUACGAAAACAGAUAAAUAAUAUUUUUCUACGUUUUGUUUAUGAGACUGAGCACUUUAACGGGGUUGCUGAGUUGCUGGAGAUCUUGGGAAGCAUAAUCAAUGGUUUUGCCCUGCCGCUCAAAGCAGAGCACAAACAGUUUCUGGUCAAAGUGUUGAUCCCCCUCCACACUGUCAGGAGUCUGUCCCUCUUCCAUGCACAGUUGGCGUAUUGCAUUGUACAGUUCCUAGAGAAAGACCCAGCGUUAACAGAACCAGUCAUCAGGGGCUUACUGAAGUUCUGGCCAAAAACCUGCAGUCAAAAAGAGGUUAUGUACCUGGGGGAGCUGGAGGAGAUCCUAGACGUGAUCGAGCCGACACAGUUCGUCAAGAUCCAGGAGCCGCUUUUCAAACAGAUCUCCAGAUGCGUAUCCAGCCCACACUUCCAGGUGGCAGAAAGGGCCCUGUACUACUGGAACAAUGAGUACAUCAUGAGUCUGAUUGAGGAGAACUCCAGCGUUAUCUUACCCAUCAUGUUCGCCAGCCUGUACAGGAUCUCCAAAGAACACUGGAACCCGGCGAUAGUGGCGUUGGUGUACAACGUACUGAAAGCCUUCAUGGAGAUGAACAGUACCUUGUUUGAUGAGCUCACAGCUACUUACAAGUCAGACCGCCAGCGUGAGAAGGAGAAGGAGAAGGAGAGGGAGGAGCUUUGGAAGAAGUUAGAGGACCUGGAGCUGAAGAGGAACCUUAGGCGUGACGGGAUAAUUCCCACUUAACGAAGCGCCUCCUCUCCCAUCCAUGUCCACCGGAGCACGCCCUGCGGAUCCUGUACGGCCAUCUGGAACGGCCAUCUGGAACGGCCAUCUGGAACGGCCAUCUGGAACGGCCAUCUGGAACGGCCAUCUGGAACGGCCAUCUGGAACGGCCAUCUGGAACGGCCAUCUGGAACGGCAUGGAGCGACCGGGUUUUUUGUUGUUUUUUUCUGUAUUGUGCGACUUACUUUAUGGUAGAUUCACACGUUGUUUCAUUAUUUCAACAGCACUGUAAAUAACUUUUAUCCUUAAACUGCUAUUAUUGCAAAAUAAAAAUUGUUUAAAAAAAAAUUCUAACGCGAUAAGGAACUUGUGUGGGGGUAAAAAUAUUCUUUGGACAUUAAGACUUGAAAUGAACAGCAAAAAUAACAGAUUGUUUUAACUUCCCUCCUAUUUGAGAACCCCACCGACUCUCCUUGAAUACAAACCCAUUUUCCAUCUCUGGUUCUACUCUUUGCUCUUUCUCUCUCCUCUCUGUCCCUCUCACACUUUGGUGCUUCUGUACCUCUCUCCCUUUGUGGGAUGUCCUGACUGAGUGAGAUACCUGGGAGGCCCCGCCCUGACCAAGAGGGCACCCCUUCUCUAUAAGGACCACCCUCUCACCCCUCCUGACCUGACUCAUGCUGAAGCUAUGCUGGUAUUAUAUUAUGGACCCAUUAGCCAUGAGGAAAUGAAUUUAACCCCUCGUCCCUCUCAACCCCUCCUCCAAGAGGCGAACAUGUUAAGGUCCUGUAUGUACAGGGACUAAAAUAAAAAAACAAGGGAAGAUCUCCAUACACACACUUACAUUCAUUCUCUCGCACCAUUUUUCUCCCCACUUCCACAUUUGUUUCUUUUCACUUGUGUGUGUAUGUCUCCCCAAUGAUUGAUUGGUUUCUGUCAGUUCAGUUGUCUCUUUGGUUUUGUGGACUUUGACCCUGCAGUACCAGGUAGCCUGGUAUCAGUCUGGUACUGGUACCCUCCAGCCACACAGAAAAUAUGAAAAAUGUAAAAAAAAAAAUAAUAAUAAUAAAAAAAACGAUUGCGAGCUAUAGAGGAGCACCAAACUCGCCUAUUGUGAAAAGGAGUGUCACUCCCAUGUGUGCUUUACACAGUAUUACAAACCUGUAUAUUGUUAUUAAACGCAGUACACUGA